AUGGGCGCUGCGUGGGGGCGGCGAGCGCUGUGGGCCGGGCUGGCGCUGGGCGCGCUGGCGCUGCUGUUGCAGGGGCUGCGCGGGUGGCUGGCGGCCAAGCGGUACGAGUUCACCCCCGCCGAGAUCGCACAGCUCGCCCGGCACCACGCGGGGCUGGACCAUGAGCUGGCUUUCUCCAAGAUCAUUGUGGAGCUGCGAAAGAAGCACCCAGGCCACAUCCUGCCAGACGAGGACCUGCAGUGGGUGUUUGUGAAUGCGGGCGGGUGGAUGGGCUCCAUGUGCCUGCUCCAUGCCUCACUCACUGAGUACGUGCUGCUCUUCGGGACAGCUAUCGACACGGGGGGACACUCAGGUCGCUACUGGGCAGAUAUUUCUGACACCGUCAUCUCGGGGACAUUCCGGCAAUGGAAGGAGGGGACCACCAGAAGUGAGAUCUACUAUCCAGGCGACACCAUCGUGCACCAGGCGGGAGAGGCCACAUCAGUGCAGUGGAGUGCAGGCACCUGGAUGGUGGAGUAUGGCCGGGGCUUCAUCCCCUCCACACUCGCCUUCGCCCUGGCUGACACCCUCUUCAGCACUCAGGACUUCGUCACCCUCUUCUACACCCUGCGUGUCUACGCAAAGGGCCUGCUCCUGGAAGCAAAUGCCUUCUUCAGCACCUUUGGGUGCUGA